CAGACGGGGGCACCCUGUCAAUGAGUCUGACUUUGUCCUUCAACUCAGAUGCAGGAGCCAUUGCCAGGAUAAAGUGCCGCUUCCCACGCUCACAAAGGGGACCUAUCUCUUCAUCCUUCCAUGUGGAUAAGGAUGUGAUUUUUGGGGUACCAGAUGGCAUCUCUGUGACCUGACAGGCGCUUUCUGGGGCAAGGAGCGUUGGAAGGGUCAGGACGGGGAGACCCCCAUCAUAUCAACAUGCCGGAAGGAGCCCUGAAAGGAAGCAGAGAGCGACCAGGUGAACAAGCUGCCCCCAGGCCUUCAUCUGUCAGUUCUCUUAACGGAAUAGUAGCCGGGAUGUCUGGCAGCUGUACCUCCGUGAACACUGUUUGUUCGGACAGCGAUCGUCCGGUCAGCCUCAGUUCCUCCACCUCGUCGGCCUCCUUGCAAGACAGCCACAGUUCCUUUGGAAGCAGCGGGACUCUUGGCUCCUCACAGUACUGCAGCCCUCCAUAUCCCCAGCAGAAUGGCAGUGACAUUAGCCUCGAUCUUACUCCUGUGGCCCAGUUGGAGAGUAACCAUAAAGGACUGCCUAAUGAAAAAGCCUUCCUGGGCUGUACAUGGUCUCCAAUUCUGCGUAAAGCCAAGGAUCCAAAGGCUAAGCUUUCCCAUCUAGACAGAGUGGUGCUGGAGAUCCUAGAAACAGAGCAGGCCUAUGUCAGAGACCUUAAAAGCAUUGUAGAGGAUUAUUUGGGCUGCAUUAUAGACUGCGGUCAGCUCCCCCUCAAACCCGAGCAAGUCAGCACUUUAUUCUGCAACAUUGAAGAUAUUUAUGAGUUUAACAGUGAGCUUCUGGAAGAGCUGGAGAACUGUACUUCUGCACACAUGAUCGCCGAGUGCUUUGUGAUGAGGAGUGAAGAGUUUGACAUCUAUACGGUGUACUGUAUGAAUUAUCCCAGCUCAGUGUCCGUCCUUCGGGAGUGCAUGAAGAAUGAGGGACUUGUUCAGUUUUUCAGAGAGCGGCAGGCGGUGUUAUCGCACUCCUUGCCCCUGGAGACAUAUCUCCUGAAACCUGUACAGCGUAUUAUGAAAUAUCAUCUCCUUCUGCAGGAGCUGGCUAAGCACUUUGAUAAAAAUGCCCCCGGCUACGAGGUGGUGGAGGAAGCCAUUAUCACAAUGACCGCCGUUGCCUGGUACAUCAAUGAUAUGAAGAGGAAGCAGGAACAUGCUGUUAGACUCCAGGAAAUCCAAAGCAAGCUGGUGAACUGGCAGGGUCCAGACCUGAACGGGUUUGGAGAGCUCGUUCUGGAAGGGACAUUCCGAGUGCAGCGAGUCAAGAAAGAGCGCGCUUUCUUCUUGUUUAGCAAAAUGCUGCUGAUCACCAAGAAAAGAAUGGACCUUUACAUCUACAAGAUUCAUAUCUUUUGCUGUAGUCUGGCCUUGACAGAGCAUCUGAAGGACAAUUUAAGCUUCCGAGUCUCAGACUUGACCAUCCCGAAGCACCAGCAAGUCAUCCAGGCCAGAAAUCAGGAGGAGAAGCGACUCUGGAUCUAUUAUAUAAAGCGUCUAAUUGUAGAAAACCACCCGGCAUCCAUCCCUCAGAAGGCUAAGCAAGUCCUGCUGGAAAACACAUUCCAAAAUUCUGCAGAUGUCCUAGUUGCUUCAGACAGCCCCAAAUCCCCCUGGAUGGAGGACCUGUGGACAUUUCACCGCAACAGAAGACAAUCUGAACCUCCUCAGUACAUGUGUAGCCCAGGAAAGACCAAGAAAUCAUUCACUCUCCAGAGUCUUGGCAGCAGCUCCCAACCAAGAAGAGGCCGCAGACUGUCUGAGCCAGCCAAAGAACUCCAAGCUCAGUUUGAACAAAGCGGUCUGGCACAGAUGAAGCAUGCAGGCAGUGAAGGGGAGCUUUUUCCAUCCACCACCUCUCUGCAGUCUGCUGACAGUAUAUGCACUCUGGAGUCCUGUAUCCUGGAAGAUACAGGUGAAGGUUGUGAGGAAACUAUAGAGGACUCCUCCUUCUGCUUGCCAGAUGAUGUUUUGUCUGGAAGCCUCUCCAUCACAGAUGAGAUAAUGGAGCUACUCAACCAGAGAGGUCUCCGGGCAGAUCCUACAAGCACCGAGUCUACAAUGACAACCUCAGAAAAGGAAACUAAAGAGAAUAAGGAGCAGGAAUCUACAGCCUGUGAAAUCAGUCAGCUGGAGUCUGUAGACAAUCUUGGUGAGACUGGGAGGACAGGUUCUACACCCCCUGAUAAUACUCAGGAUGCUUACUCCAAUGGUAACUUGGCAGCUUCUGACUCUAUGGGUGAGUUGAGGAAUCAAGAAUCAUGUUCAGAGAUCUCCGACGUUCCUUUCUGCAUCGGUUCUUCAAAUGAAGUUUUGCAGAAGAAAGACAACAAGGAAUUAAAUGAAGACAAGUUCGAAGAGCCAAAGAUAGAGGAGACUGGCAACAAUGCCGGUAAAUUGGAUGCUUGUAAAAAUGAACAGAAUUCAGUAUGCCCUGGAGAAGGUACAGAUGUGCCUCCUGUGCUCAAAGAGAAUGUUGACGAAUGGGAGGUGCCUGUCAAAAAAGAUGCAGAGAACCAUGAGCAUGCUUCAGAAAAAAAAGAUAGAAGCACAAAAGCUAAAAGAGACUCAACUCUGACCCCAGAUGACCGGCUGCUAAUUGAAAGAAUCAAAAACUACUAUGAAACAGCAGAUGCUGGAGCCUCAUACCUUAGCAAAGAGGACAGUAUUUCCUACAUUCCCACUGGUGUAGUCAAAGACUCAAUCUUGAGGUUUAAUUACAUUAUGCAGCAGGAGGUCAAGAAGGAUCGAGAAAAGGUAAUCUGCAGGACCAAUGGGCUUAUUUCAGAGAGCAGACAAGUAAACUGUCUUAGGAAACCCCCAUGUCUUGCAGCUGAAGAAGCCACAGCUGAGCAAGGAAAGAACAAGGCUUCCACAGAGCAAGAAUCAGAGUACAAAUCCUGCGCUGAAAUACGCAAAGCUUGGAAAGAAAAAGAAAAACCAAACACGCCAGAGACUGUACGGGUUUUAAAAAGAACUAAGUCACAGAGGAAACAACUGAUGGAGACAGGCGGUGAACUGGUUAUCGUUGAGGAGUCUGAUCUAGAACAUGUAAGUCAGCUGCCAAAAGAGGUUUCUUUGAAGAAGGAGACAGGGAAAGAGCAGCAGAAGAAGAACAGUGAAGAAAAUGCAGGCAAGCAGGAUGGUCAUCUCAAGACAGAACUUGCCUGCUUAACAAGUGUCACCAAUAAACCCACUUGCUGCUCUCCGGGUAUGAGCUUAUAUGAGACAGAUGACUUAUGCCUAAUUGAGAACUCAGAGAAAAUAAUUAGUAAGGUGCAGCUGUUUGCUAAAAUGUACAGUGAAAAAAUUGGCAGGCUGAAGACACAGAAGAAGAAUGGAGAGAACAGGAGAGCAACAGCUCAGAACAAGGCAACCAUGAAGACGCUUCCUCAGGUUGUGGAGGAGAGAAUGGGUGAAAGACACAAAACAGAACCUCAGAUCUGUGGGCACCUAACGAUCCGAGAAAAUUUACUUCACAUUAAUUGUGUUCAAGAAAAUGGCCUUUUCCUUCCUGCAGUUCGUGAGAAUUCUUCAGAUCUGAGCAAAAUGGAGUCUCUUAAAGUUCAGCUCCCAGUAAAAGUGCCGCUCUCAAAGUCACCAGAUAUACAUCUGGUUGUCCUAGUGCCAGAAGAAACAAUUCCUAAUGAAACAAAGGAAAUAGAAGAGUUCUCUGUUAAUGCCUUUAGACCUAUAGAGGAACCACCAGCCAAUGAUGACUUUGUUCCUGAACUAGUGCCAACGCCUAUUUGUCUGUCAGAACAUAUCACAGAAAAUGACAUUACCGAACUGAAAUCUUGUCCAUCAGCAGAUGAAGGAUUUACACAAAACUAUGUUAAAUGUACAGACCUGGAGGAAACCAGUGUUUUAGAAAUGAAUGUGUCCGAAAAAUUCAGGAUUUCAGAAGGCCAAAAGACACUUCAUAUUGAACCAGAAAACUGUACCACAGAAGAUCACAAAUUAAGAGCAGCAGAAGAACUGGAAUUAAUAACAUCAGGUAACAGUGAGAUAUCGCCUAAUGAAUUAACUACAGUGAGAAUAUUAGGAGAAAGCUGUGAUAUGUACCAGAAGGAUGUGGAGUUCUCAAAUAUAACAGAGCUUCCUAACAUAUCAGAAGUCAUUGCCUGUGAUGAGACACAAGAAACAAGCUUGCCUGAGCCAGUCAAUAAUAUAUGUGCGACUGUGCCACAUUGUAUAAGAAGAGAAACUAACAUGUCCCAGUCACCAAUACAAGUUAUGGAAAAUGGCUCCCAUUCAGGCUCUGAUAGCAGUCUUCUUGGCUCCCAUGAUGCAUCUGGAAGCAAACCCUCUGAAUCACGGGUUCAGAGAAGCAGAGGCAUCUCCCCAGCUGUUAUGGAUGUCAUGCAAAGGCUUCAGCUUGACUCUACAUUUGCUAUUCCGUCCCAGCCAAAUGUAAACAACACAAAGAAAUUAAGUAUGGCAACUCGGUCCUCAUCCUUCAAGAGUAAUACUUCAACUGCCAAAGAAUUCCAAGGGAUGCUGCAGCCUCAUAUUAAACCACAGCAGAAAGUUGUUGCAAAUCCUGGCCUCUUCUCUCCGGCAACUUUGCAAAGGAAAUUAUCAAGAGCAAUGGCCUUGUCCAAGAAUGCUCCACAAUCUCAACAGUCAUUUACAAAGAGAAGUCCCAUGACAAAAGCUAGAAGUGCAGAUACAGAAACACUGCCUUCACUUACAAGGUACCAAUGUUCUGUUCGUAGUCCAUCACCGUAUAGAAAUUCAUUAUAUUCGGGGCUACCUUUGAGUGAUACUAAACCUAGGGGGCCAACAAGCAAAACAGGGGUGGAUAGCAGGAAGGAGGGAGAUAUGAAUCAAAGUGACUCCAAAAUAACAGAAACUGUGCAAACACAAGAAGUUCCUCCCAAUCUAUUACUCCACCAUUCUACCACUCAAAAGACAAACAAUGGAAAUAAAGGAUUAGAUAGGCCUGUCAGUCUUUAUCCUGGUUCUGCUGUUCUCAUAGCAAUACCGUGUCCUUCAUCCAUGAAACAAACUCCAACAUCCACAGCUUCCGAACCAAAUUCACGGGUCCAAUCACCACUAACAUUGCGUUCUAGAAUGUUCUCUCCACCCCCUAAUCAAAAUAUAACAGGUCCAAAACCUUCCCGCAUACCCUCCUUCUCCAGUAGCAGAGCCUGUGCAUUUACUCCUCUUUCAUUUAGUAGCUUGGAGAGGUCUUCUUCCUCAUCAGCCAAUUCUACUCCAACUUGCACAAGUCCUCCUGCUCAGCCAUGGUCACCUGGGUUCUCAUUCCACUCUAGAAAAUCUUGUGGAAACAAUAUACCCACUGGUGGAGACCAUCCUGUCAGCCCAAGUGCAAUUAGUCCAACAGCUGCACCAAGCGAAGAAAGCAAAUUUUGGUGUUCAAACAAAUCACCCCCAUGUCUGGCUUCCGACGGGGGUCCACUUAGCCCUGGGAUUAGCACUCAUGAGCUAACCAGCAUCCACUGGCCUGAUGUUCAUGAGCUGCGAACAAAGUAUGGACCCUUUAAGACACAGCAAUCCAUCACUCAUGAAAGAAAGUAUGAUCUGAGGUCACCAACUCCAUUUAGACAAUGCAAGUCUAUGGAUGAAACACCAAACCUGUUUUCCAAAAUUGCAUCUCCGUUAAUGUCAGCACCCUCACAUUCCCCAACCAUAGAACAUAGUGAAACAGUAAAACCCUGUGAGAGUAUGGAGAAAUGGGACUUUGCUGACACAAAGGACCGAACCACUUUAAAGGCAAGUUACUCCACCACUGUUAACAUACAGAUUGGUGGUAGUGGUAGAAUAGCCUCUUUCAGCAAUGCUCAGGUGAGUCUUACGCACCCCUUGUUGCAAGCACCAGAAUACCCAACCUCACGGAAGGUCAACAUCAAUGGAAGCACCUUAGACAAUAAAAUGAAUCUGUGAACUGUAGGAGACAAUAUUGGAGGGAUGCAUAUGCCAAUGCCACCUCCCCAAACGUUGCUGUAAAUUCAAUGCUGAAAAAAAUUGAAUUCACAGAACAAAACAAUCAUAUAUGCCAAAGAUAAGACACAGCAGUAUGUCCAAGUGCACUUUUUUUCUAUGUAGAACUUGACGACAAUGUGCCAAUAUGGCCAACACCAUGACUGUUAGCCAGAAUUUCAGUAGUUAUAGGUUCAUUGAUAUUGCACUUACCAUGAACAGUUUGCACCAAAGACACAAUGGUCAAUGUAUUUUAAUGUCAGAUAUACCACAUAAAAAACUGAUGGUUUGAGCAACUGUAAAAAAAUAUAUAUAUGUAUACAAAACAAAAAAACCUCCGUCCGCUUC